UCUCCGCACAUGCCACGAGAGAUACGUUAACAGAAUUCUGGAUUUAAGAGGGGGUGGUUGAAAACCAGGUCUCAUUUUAUUGUAUGUUAAACUGAAAUAGAAAAAAAAAGAUGUUUCAGUUUAGGAGAACCUUUGAGAACGAAAAGCUUCAACUGCAUGAGCUCAACAAGAGAUUAAGCCAAUACCUGUCCAGAGUGAAGCAGCUGGAGCAAGAAAAUGCCUUCCUUAUAACAGAGAUAAACACCAUUAGACAGGACAAGACGGUGGGAUGGGAAAACCAAUAUAUGACGGAAUUGCGUGACCUCAGGAGAGCGGUGGAUCAACUGGCUUUCGAGAAGUCCAAAGCGGAGAUGGAACGGGAGAAGCUCUGGAAAGAAUUUCAGAUGGUCCAAGCCCUCUGCCGCGAGCAAUCGGGGCUCUGCAGAAACAUCGACGGAGAGCUGAAAGGCUGCGAGAAGCAGUUGCAUGAAACCCAGAAGACAAACUGUGCACUGGAGGAGCGCCUCUUCCAGCUCGAGAAUGAAUACAAGGGUCUAGAAGAUGUCCACCGGCAAGAAAUCGCCCACCUCCGGAAUGAGGUCUACUCUAGGGCAAUGCCCAUUGUCGCCCAAAAUUAUCACGCUCCCCCGGCGCUCUCGAUGGAAGAAAUCGAGGAAUAUGCGCAGCACCUAUCGGAGUGUUGGAUGGAGACUUUUGAAGUGUACCAAAGAAAGGUCGAAGAGCUGGAGGACUCCAUCAGAGCAGACGAGGCGAAGCUAGAGGAUCUCCAACGCGAGAAGAUGCAGUAUGCCUCCGAUCUUAAGAAACUCCACUCGGAGGCUGAAAAACAAGGCAAACUACAGGCACAGCUCGAAGAACAACUUAUGAACAUGCAAGGCAACUGUCAUAUGGAGCUCGACGAAUAUCGGGUGAUAAUUGAAGAGCUGGAGGAGGAGCGGAGGCAGCUGUCUGCUACCCUUGCAGAGAAGCUGAGGGACUACCAGAACCUCACGCAGGUCAAGAUGGGCCUGAGCCUGGAGGUAGCCGCUUACAGGGCACUGCUGGAAGGAGAGAGCAAAGGUGUGCAAGUCCGGACAGACCGGUACCCAAGAGAAGCACUGAGAAGAAUAGAAAAUAAAAUGCCUGUACACUCCCAUGCUGUUAAAGAAUCAGCCAUGACCUGGCAAGAUGGAAGGAGGCACUAUCCCACAUACACAGGUUUUACUGCCAGAUACAUGGAGCCGGCUUCAAGCAUGAGAAUAUCCUCAUCGAGUCAGCUCAGAGCUUAUGAUGUCACGAGUACUGUGCCUGUCACUGCUUCCGGUAGAGCUCUCCGCAGUCCCGCAGCUAGGAGAGACAUGCUUGCAUUCACAAAGGCAUCUCAAGCCACCACCAGCUCUGUCAGACCUGUCACUCCAAAUGCUGAGAAAAAGAGUGCCGGAAUCCAAAAGAAAAUAGUGGAACAGACCACGGUAAGAAGUAAAGAAAUUUCACAGCCCUCAGCCAAAGAUUCAGAUCGAGCUGACCAGACAGGCAUUUUGCACACUUCUAGCGCUGGUCAAUCACCUAUGUCACCUAACCAGAAACAAGAUCUGGAGGACUUUAGCAAGAGGUCCGUGCGAGUAGUGUCACCUCCAAUGAUGAGACUGGCUACAAAUGCCAAAGAAGAGGAUAAAGCGAAAGUCAGAGAGGUCAAGAUUGAAAAGAUUGAGCCAAAAGUGGAAACUGACAUGAGCAAAGUUACUAAAAGGCAUGGGAGUGAAGAGGAGGAAGCUGAGAGGGAUAUUUACAGGGCUGAACUAGAGGAGAAGGAAUUUCCGAGUGAAGGGACAGUAUUAGAAACCAUCACCAUGGAAGAGAUCAUUGAGAAGGUCGUGAGGCCCGCAGGUCUGGAUGCAAAGAUGAGCUCAUCUCCCGACUCGAAGAUCACCUACCACGUGGAGAAGACAGAAGAGGAAGAUGGAACCACCAAGACCAAGAUCAUCCUGGAGUCCAAGGUGGAGGAGGACGUGGACAUGUCAGACGAAUCGGCGCUCGAGGAGCUCCUCAGCAAGGGUGUCAAGACGGUUGCCCUGGAAGACAUCAAGGGGACCCCGACAGGAAAAAUGAUCGAGAGCCUGCUCAGCCUUGGAUUCCAGACAGGCGAAAGCUUCGAAAACAAGUCGGUCAAUGUCGAGAUCAUCGAGGAGCCAGUGGAGGAUCAGAGUGAUGAAGAAACUGAGGUUAAGGUCACAACAAGGUCGUCCCAGCCAUCCUCAAUGUUCUUCCAGAUAGAGGAGCUUGAGAAUGAACCUCAGUCAGCCAAGCUUUCAGAGAGCAGUGCUGAAGCUACGAAAACAUCCAUGGCAGCAGGGGGGUACAGAAAGGUUGAGACCGUUGGGUUUCAGGAAGGUCCCAGAGAGGCAGACACUCCAUACUUCACCCAGCUUCAAGAAACUGAGUAUUUUGUCUCCACCCCCGACGAUAAUGCUUCAGAGCCUGAAGAGGAAAGCGGAUUUUCAUCUUAUGGACACUAUGGUGUGGUGGAUGACUUGUCAGAUGAAAGAUACUAUCAAGAGGCAUCAUCCUUCAACCAAAAGUUUGAAGAGUCUGAGAGUUCCAGAGCAGUGCAUAAAACUGCUCAAGCAAAGAGUGACCAAGCCUUUACCAAAGACAGUUUCCCAGAGUGCAUCAUUGAGGAAGAAGUUCACGUCUCUCCCUCAGUGCAAGAGUCAAUGCUUGAGCUGUUGAAAGAAGACACAAUGGACCCAAAGCAGCAGCUGAGAGGUGCUCUGGAGCAACUCCAGGGAACGGUGUCUGGGGCUCUGAAGGAGGAAUUAGCUCUUUUCACAAGAGGUGAAGAAGGUUCUGACAACCUGGCCGUGGACAUCAAAAAAGUGCAGCAGGCCCCGGACAAUGGGAAGGUGACAAUUGUGGCGGAACUCAACGUCUCCCAAACUCUGGAAGAUUCUGGACUGCUGGAAGAGCAGGGCGGGGACAUGUCAGAAGAGCAAAUCAUGUCGGCACUGAGAUCUGGCGAUCCGAGCCUCCGGAAAGCGAUCAGCACCAGAGAUGAGAGCUACACGGUGAAGGUCUCCAAAGAUCAGGACAUCACAGUUCAAGGCACCCCAUGGAUGGGCAUCAGUGAAGGCCAGGGAGUCUACAACGUGGAGGAGUCUGCUAAUGAAUUCAGCAAGACAGAGAAACACAUCAAGCUGGUGCCCGCUGAAAAGUCCUUCACUUUCCAGAUGGAUGUCGGGAGCGAUACAGCAGUAUCCACAAGCGACAGUGCCCAGGAGGCCCGAGGCUUCUAUUUGCAAGCGCAGGGAGCCAGUGGCAGAGAAGUGGGAGAAGAUAUGUAACAGCUUUGUGUAGAGAAGGGGUGACGAGUGACGACAAGGGAGAUGUGUGAGUCCAUGGCUAGGAUUGUAACAGCAGGAUGAGGAAGUGGAAGGGCUUUGUUAUAGUGUUACAGAGUAUGUGGGAUUAUGAAUCUGGUCUCACCCUACAAACCCAAAAAGUGCCCUCAAGGUUAUAGGAAAGUCAGAAAAAUAAUGGACUACCCUGAAUGCAUUAUUAUAGAUGGUCUGCAGCAUCUUCACAUACUUUUGUUUGCUGUACUCAUUCUUUUGAAAUAAUUUUCUACGUUUUCUCAGACUUUACAUAAGCAAAGUUAAAGCAUUGGAUUUUAGAACAUGUCAGUAUAAGCUAGCUAGCGACGGCUAACAAUGAUAAUAAUUUGGGGUUGUCAUUAACGGUUUGGUAAAGGGUACCAGUGUCUGUUGUGAGGAGUAAUCAUUACUCACCAAGUGCAUUUUGUGAGAAUAAGUCAAGUUG